AUGUCCAAGGCCCAACCGGAGAACAAGGAAUCCUAUCAACGACUCUCUUUGACACACUCAAUCCCCUGUCUUCGAGCACUUCGUGAAAUGAUCGAGAAUCUAGAUUACCAGGAAACCCAACUAUUGACACUGCUCCGGAUUCUGCUAGUCGUAUACGGUACAGACUUCUACCGGAACUACGUGGUGGCCCAGCUUUGGACAUCUUUUAGCGCUGAAACGGAUCAUUCAACUGCUCGGUGGCAUGGACAAAGUCCCUUGGAUCUACAAAGAAACCAUCAUCCACACCUUCGUCCAUGUGGCAGCCAUGACACGAUCACGAACACAGCUCGAUCCAGCGUCUUGGGAUCCUGGUCCCUGGCAACCAUAGCCACAGACCAUCGGCCCCAUACAUCAAGAGCUGCAGGUGGGCCUACCCCUCAACCCCCCGUUCAUCCCAAGGCAAUUUCCGACAUCUUCGCGGGCCUACGAGGGCCGAUCGAGAUCGAGAACCUAAAGAAGCCACAACAAGAAACUUCCAGCCACGAUGUCAGCGAUCACAAGUCUCGAUGUAUUCUCCUGCGCAAACAAGCCCUCAAAGCUAAAACAUUGACAACCAUUGAUUCGACCCACGACCGUGCUCGAGACCUUUUAUUCGUCAUUGCGAUCGGAUCCUAUGUCGAGGACGAGAUGAUCUCCAGACGCUCGGCCGAGAGGCCUACGCUGGGUGCUCAAGACCUUAACGAAGCCUCUACGCGCUGGUUUUCAAAUCGCUUCGACGUGUUGGCCCGGAAACUCGGAUAUUUCGUCUUCGACGAUAUGACGACACUGUUCAAGACGUGCUAUGCAUAUAACUCCACGAACCAGGAUGAGACGCAUAGGAGACUUUUUCAUUUCCAGGAUUGUACAGCACUUCAUCUAGUUUCGAGCUUGGAGGAGGCCUAA